CUACGCCAUAUUUUUUUCUUUGUAUUGUAUGUAAUUAGAAACCAACUAGAACCAUUUGAUAUUAUUUGUUUUUUACAUAGUAAGUUCUGUGUAUCGUAAAAAUGGAAGACCAAGGCGGCAGUUCUGCUCCCAGAGUAAGUGACAAGAAGUUGGCGCAGACACAGGCUAAAGUUGAUGAAGUUGUCGGCAUUAUGCGUGUCAAUGUCGAGAAAGUUUUGGAGAGGGAUCAGAAGUUGUCCGAGCUGGAUAAUCGCGCUGAUGCCCUGCAGCACGGAGCAGCGCAGUUCGAACAACAAGCUGGUAAACUUAAAAGGAAAUAUUGGUGGCAAAACUUGAAGAUGAUGUUGAUAAUUGGUGCUAUUGGUGCAGUUCUACUUAUCAUUAUAAUAGUGUCGCUGACCGGUGGCUCUUCAGGAGGCAACACUAACAAUGCGGCGCCAGUGACAGAAACUGCGGCUGCUGGUUCAGGGCGAUAAUCAACAAGAAUCUAAACCAUGAAUGAUCCAAGGAUUAGCAUGAAACUUAAAUAUUUCAGUCCAGGGCUUGACUGAAUUCUGUAAGAUCCUAUAUUUUUUAAAUUACCUUUGGGCUUUAUAAGAAACACUAA